AGAAAGCGGAGUGAAUGAGUUAGUGGGGUGUGCAGGAGGAAACACCCACCGUGGGCGUUCCUUCUCUCCAGACGGUCCCGUCAAUGAGCCGCGGGGCCGAGCUUUCACAUCCUGCAGAUGAGCUCAGGCAGGUGAAAUGUGUGUGUGUCACUAAACUGCUCUGACACGUCUGAGCACGUCUGCUCGCGUACACAGCACUCUGUCAGAGUUUACAGACCCGGGACAGCUGCUCCGUCUCCGGAUCCACUGUGGACCAACAGGAGGGACAGAGGAGAUCGCUGCGUUCUCCAGAGAAAGAAGAGACAGUCGUCGUCCUGGAGGUUUCUGUGAGGCCUGACACGUGAAACUCACGACCACAGCCUGAUUCAUUUAAGUGUCCCCCCCCAUAUGACCUGAGUUCGUGUUAGGACAUGAUGUCUUCGUCCCGCUGCCUCCUCCUCGUCCUCCUCCUCCUGCUGCUUCACUGUCCUCUGGCUCAGUCCAGACCAGCUGCAGAGGACACACACACAGCCGAUGAAGUAAAAUCCUCUGAAGAUGAGGAAGAUGAUGAGUCAUCGUCAGAGGAAAACAAACUGUCCGACGAGCUGUCAACAAGCAACGAGAAGCUGCAGCCGCUGGCGCCUCAGUGGGUCGUGCCAGAGAAGAUGGAGAAGCAGCUCCACGCCGUUCCUGCCAGUAAGACUGUGAAGUUUCGAUGCCAAGCGACUGGGAACCCUGUUCCCACCCUGCGCUGGUACAAGAACGGGAAGGAGUUCAGGAAGGACCAACGGAUCGGAGGCUUCAAGAUCAGAGACCACAUGUGGACUCUGAUAAUGGAGUCGGUGGUCCCGUCAGACGAAGGGAACUACACCUGUGUGGUGGAGAAUGAAUACGGGAGCCUCAGGCACACCUACCGGCUGGAUGUAGUCGGUAAGAGACCUCCGGCAGCCUCCACACCCUGUUCACCCUGAAACACCUGAGCUUGU